GUUUGUUUCGUGUUUUAAUACCACAUUUAUAUUUAAAAUGGCUACUCUUGCAGACGAACUCGCAGCCGAUCUUGACUUUUCUUCUGAUGAGGAGGAGGAACAAAGAUCAGAUAUUGAUGAAGAACAAGAAGCUUUAGAUAAAUUACGAGAUAAUGAAGGAGACAUUGAGAUGGAUUCCAAAAAUUCUCAAGACAACCUCGAAGAGAAUCCCAACAGUGUUCGCAAGACAUGCAAAUUACUUUACUCCAAACACACCCAAGAUGUUUUAAAGAAAAUCGAUUACUUUAUUGCUGCUAAUCGCAACGCAUCUCAAGUUGUCGGUCCCACAGAAGAAGACGAUGAAUAUAAGCUUAUUGUAGAAUCCAACAGCAUGACUGCUGAAAUCGAUAACGAGAUCCAACACGUUCACAAGUUUAUUAAAGACCACUACGCAACAAAGUUUCCCGAACUUGAAACACUUGUUUAUAACCCACUCGAUUACGCACGUACUGUCAAAGCUAUUGCUAAUGAGUUAGAUGUCACCAAAGUAGACCUUCGACAAUUUUUACCUUCUGCCACCGUCAUGGUCAUUACGGUUACAGCUUCGACUACAGCCGGUAAAGAAUUAUCAGCAGAGGAAUGGGCAUUGACAGAAGAAGCGUGUGAUAUGGCAUUAGCUUUAGACGAUGCUCGAAAGAAGAUUAUGAAUUAUGUCGAAUCCCGUAUGACAGUCAUCGCACCUAAUCUAUCCAACGUCAUUGGCACAUCCACUGCCGCAAAAUUACUGACGGCCGCAGGUGGAUUAACCGCGUUUUGUAAAAUUCCUGCGUGUAAUGUACAGGUACUCGGUAACAAUAAAAAGGCGAAUACAGGUUUUUCUACAGCACAUACGGAAAGACAUGCAGGUUAUAUCUAUUAUUCCGAGAUUGUCAAUUCAGCACCUCAGGAGCUCCGUAGAAAAUUAGUAAAGAUCAUUUCCGCCAAGGCCUCGCUGGCUGCACGUAUUGAUGCCAGUCAUAGCGCACCCGAUGGUCAAGAAGGACAAAAGAUGAGAGAAGAGAUUGAUGCCAAAAUAGAUAAAUUACAGGAAAAUCCUUCCCUUAAAGUCGUGAAAGCUUUGCCGAUUCCUGAUGAAGGGCCCAAAAAGAGAAGAGGUGGUAAGAGAGCUAGAAGACAAAAGGAAGCUUACGCAAUGACAGAGUUGCGUGCUGCUCGUAAUAGAAUGGCGUUUGGUGAUGCUGAGGAGGAAAUUGGUUAUGGUGAUGAGACAGAGGGUCUUGGUAUGGCUGCGAAGCAAAUCGGUAAAAUUAGAGCUUCCGUGGCAGAUCAGAGAAAUAAGGUCAAAGCACCUAAGCUCAAGAGUUUCAGUAACCGUCUUUCUGGUACAGCUACAUCAGGUUUAGCGUCAUCUUUGGCUUUCACACCAGCUCAGAGUAUGGAAUUAAUUGAUCCUACAGCCCAAGUUGAAAAAACAAAAGAAAAACGCGGAGAGAAAUACUUUGGCGAUGGUGCCUUUAGUAUGUACCCUAAGAAAUAAAAUAUAUAAUAAAAUACCUGCAUUUGUGUAUGU